CAAAAUUUGUUGGUCAUGGAAUGAAAUCUACAAAGGGAAAAUUUAAAGUCAUCAUCGAGUUGCUAUUUCUUUUUUAAUUUUGUAACAUAAUCGUUGAAAAGUUUCAUAUUACUCUUUAGUUCUAGUUUUAACUGUGUUAAUUCAUCCGAAUUAAAAUGACUGUGGCUACUGAAACUGAGCCGGCUCCAAAGACCACAGAGACUAAUAAUCAGUCAGAAGAAGAAAAACGCCUCCAAGAAGAGUUGAAUUUGUUGGUCGAAAAAGUUGUAGGCAAUGAAACCGAGCUGUAUGUACCUGCUUUGGAAAGUCUCCGUGACUUGAUUCGAAGUUCAACCACAUCAAUGACUAGUGUACCAAUGCCACUGAAAUUUCUCCACGAUCACUAUAAUAGUUUGAAAGAAGCUUGUAACAAAAUGGAAGGCAGAGCUAGAAGUUUAUGUUGCAGUAUUGUAUCGGUUCUUGCAAUGGGUCAAGCUCAAACUGGCGAAUUGGAUUGUUUGAAGUAUUGUUUGCUCAGUCAACAGAAAGAUGUCGGAGAUUGGGGGCACGAAUACGUCAGGCAACUCGAAGGUGAAAUCGCCGAAGAAUGGAAUAAUCCUGAUGCCGACAAAGAUCAACUCCUUGAACUGAUCCAAAGCAUCGUUGACUUUGAUAUGCGUCACAAUGCGGAAAUCCAAGCUUGCGAUUUACUUAUGGAAAUUGAUCAAUUGGAUUUACUGCAUAUGGAUCAAUCUAAUUAUCUGAGAGUGUGUUUAUAUCUAGUCAGCUGUGCUAUGUACGUUGAAGAACCAGAGAGAGGAGUUAUCUUAGCCGGUGUUAUGAAACAUUAUCUCCAUUAUAAGGAAUAUCCUCGAGCAUUAGCUUUAGCUAUGUUACUGAACGAUACGGAAAAAAUGAUCGAAAUAUUCAACCAAUGCCCUGAUCCAACAAUCAGAAAACAACUCGCAUUUAUGGCCGGCCGCCAACACAUUAGUUUAGAACUCAGUGAUGACUUAGUUGAUAAACAAGAUUUAGUCCAGAUCAUGUCGAAUUCGCACAUCAACGACCAUUUUCAUAGUCUCGCUCGAGAAUUGGACAUCCUAGAACCUAAAACUCCGGAUGAGGUUUACAAAACGUGGCUAGAAGGAUUAGUGCUUAGACCAUCGUUCAAUUUGGACGUACCUGUCGAUUCGGCCAAGCAUAAUUUAGCUUCUACGUUUGUAAAUGCCUUCGUCAACGCUGGCUUUUCACGUGAUAAAUUAGUUACUGUUGAAGAUGGCAGUAAAUGGAUGUACAAGAACAAACAACAUGGCAUGUUGAGCGCUACAGCUUCUUUGGGAUUGAUUCAUUUGUGGGAUGUUGAUGGUGGUUUAACUCCAAUUGAUAAAUAUUUAUACACCACCGAAGAUUACAUCAAAGCUGGCGCUCUUUUAGCGUUAGGUAUUGUAAACGUUGGAGUACGAAAUGAUUGUGAACCUGCUUUUGCCUUGUUAUCAGACUAUGUUCUGAAAGAUAGUAUCACUCUGCGUAUUGGAUCUGUGUUAGGUUUGGGUCUUGCUUAUGCUGGCACCCAGCACGCAGACGUUACGUCGCUUUUAUUACCGGUAAUGUCCGACAAGAAAUCAACAUCCGAAGUAGUUGCGUUGGCAGCAAUCGCAUGUGGCAUGAUCAAUGUUGGUUCAGGAAAUCACGAAGUUGUUUCAUCGAUAUUGCAAACCUUAUUGGAUUUAUCGCCUUCCGAACUAAAUGAAGGAACUUUUUCAAAAUUCUUACCGUUAGCUUUAGGGCUAUGCUAUCUAGGCAAAAAAGAUGCUACUGAUGCAACCUCCGCAGCGUUGGAAGUUUUACCCGAUUCUUUCAAAUCUUUUGCGAAGAUUACAUUAGAAAUGUGCGCUUAUGCCGGGUCCGGCGAUGUGCUUGUUAUUCAAGAAUUACUGCAUACGUGUAGCGAAUCUCAAAGCUACGUGAAAGAAGAGAAAAAAGACGAAAAGAAAGAAAAAGAAUCGGAUAAAAAAGACGACAAACGAGACAGCAGCAGUAAAAAAGAUCUUGUAUCGAAACAAGCCAUCGCUGCCUUAGCUGUAGCUGUUAUAGCUAUCGGUGAAGAAACUGGUACCGAAAUGUGUACCAGAAUAUUCGGUCAAUUAGGGCGUUAUGCGGAGAACCCAGUAAGGCGGACUGUUCCGUUAGCAAUAGCGUUGCUUUCAAUUUCUAAUCCUCAGUUGAACGUGAUCGACGUAUUGAAUAAGUAUUCUCACGAUUUAGACGAAGAAGUUGCGAUUAAUGCGAUAUUCUCGAUGGGUCUAGUCGGAGCUGGUACUAAUAACGCAAGAUUGGCAACGAUGUUACGUCAAUUGGCCCAAUACCAUGCUAAGAACUCCGUCCAUUUAUUCAUGGUUAGAAUCGCUCAAGGAUUAACUCAUAUGGGCAAAGGAACGAUGACUUUAUCGCCAUUCCACACAGAUAGACAAAUUUUAAAUCCUAUUGCAAUAUCUGGACUUUUGGUCACGUUAUUCUGUUUCUUAGAUACUAAAAAUAUUAUUCUCGGAAAAUCGCACUAUUUAUUGUACACUUUGGCCACCGCUAUGUACCCGAGAUGGUUGGUUACUCUGGAUGAAGAUUUAGAACCACUGCCAGUGACUGUUCGAGUGGGACAGGCUGUUGAUGUAAUCGGUAAAGCUGGUACGCCUAAAACCAUUGCCGGGGUUCAUACCCACACAACUCCCGUCUUGUUGGCUGUUGGUGAACGUGCUGAAUUAGCUACUGAUGAUUAUAUCCCCUUGACACCAGUCAUGGAAGGAUUUGUUAUAUUGAGAAAGAAACCUGCCGAAGAAUAAUUUAAGUGUUGUGCGAAUUCUUAUCUUCAUUUUUUUUAAUUGUAAAUGUGUAUUUAAAAGUAAUUUGUUUAUAAACGUUCUGUGUAUUUUCUAAUUGAAUAAAAUAUUUAAUGAUU